AUGGGCCAAAACCUGAGCGCCGAUGCGACCGAAGUCGUCCACUUUCGCAAGAUGGUCAAGCACACGUUUCACGGCAACGUCACCAAGCUCGAGACGCAUUUUUACGAGGCCUCGAUGGCCUUUCAGAUCUCCCGCGCGGCGUACAUUGACGUGAGCAAUCGCAUCGAAGGCCGCAUCGAGAGCAUCCACGACUCGAUGCGCCACGAAGCCAAGCUCGAGAAACACUUGGACGAGAAGCAGCUUUUCUUUGCCGCGAUCGAAGACGGCCGCAUCGUGCUCGGCGACACGCUCCUGCAUGUGGCCGUCCGUCUCGGCCAUGUCGAGGUCGUGCUCUUCCUCUUGAGCAUCGGUCUGCGCGAGAAUGUGCCCAACUUUCGAGGCCAGUUUGCCCACGAGUGCUGCAAGCUUCCGUCCAUUCAAGUGCUCAUGGACGAUGUCGUGCUCGUCCACGACGUCCUCGGCUUUGACUAUGACGACGAGCCUCGCGUGCAUCGCCUUGUGCAUUCCUUGCGCACGCUCUGGCCGCUAUGGAUGUACGACGCGUCGGAAGCGGGGCCGCUCGUGCAAGUCGUGUCGGACACACGAACGUCUCAUUUGCAGUACGCCAAGCUCGUCAAGAUUGCGGCUACCAUGGCGAGCCGGUACCGCACGCAUGUGACGCUGAGCGGUCUUCCGAUCGCGCUCGAGCUCCUCCGCGCGCACGACCGGCAGGCGUACGACGCCAAGCGCGCGUUCCACAAACUGCCAACGGCGCAGAAACUUCAAGUCCUUUGGGACAUUCUUGGCACGUACUUUCCUCGCUGGACGCACCUCAAGAGCGUCGAGAAGGACGCUGCGUACUUGGCGUUUAUCGAGGACGCGAUGGGCGCGUGGAUCACGAUCGCCGACGACUUGCGUCUGUACCUCGACGACGCGACCUUGCCCACGGACCCGAAUGUGCUGCAGGCGCUCGAGCCACAAGUCUGGAAGCGCCGAUUGGCGCCGCCGACGGACGCGGUCGAAGACCUCUGCGCGCACAUAAGCGGUGUCGAAAAGUUUACCGGUCUCAAGCACCUGCACAUCGACCACGCGACACACAAAUAGUUUGGUUUGCUAAUGAACGCGCAGCAGACGACAAGGGUUAAUACUGC